UUCUGCAACUAGUCAACAGAAAUCCAUAGUUAAAGGAGAGAAGUGUUUUUAAAUUGCAAUAAAAGGAAAAAAUGUCAACAAAAUCAGAAAAUAAUGUGCCCGAUUGGGUGAGUGCUGAACUCUUUAUAGAUGUUCUGAAGGAAUCUGUUAAGGGAUUUGCUAAAAUUAAAAGUUUUCGAGUAAGGAAUGGAUCGACGGCCGGCGAAAACUAUGCAACUAUUAUGCUGCGAGUGUUUAUAGACGUCGAGCUGGAAGAUGGCACAGAGACAUCGGUUUCUUAUAUGCUGAAGUUGCCCCAUUUGACGGAUUUCUUUAAAAAGAUGUUGGAGAACAAUAAUAUUUUUGAGUCGGAGUUCAAAAUGUAUAAAAUAUACGUUCCCGAAAUGGAGCAAUUGUAUCGGGAUGUAGGCAUUGAAGUGAAAUUCGGUGCAAAAUCGUAUGAACUGAAAGGUGCUGAAACCGAUUACAUACUUCUCGAGGAUCUGACGCCCAGGGGAUUUAAAAAUGCAAAUCGACUAGAGGGACUGGACAAGUCUCAUUGCGAGUCAGCUCUACGAAGAUUGGCACAAUGGCAUGCCGCCUCUGUAGUUCGUGUGGCCACAAAGGGAGACUACCCCAAGGAGUUGAUUGUUGGGAUCCUUAAGGAAGAGAAUCGUGCAAUGAUGGUAGAAAUGCAGAAGUCAAUGUCAGAAAAGUUCAUAGCGGGAUGUAAGACUUAUAAAGGGAACGAAGAGUAUAUUGAGCAAGUGAAAGAUUUGCAGCCAAGGGUAAUCGAAGGUAUGUUUAAUAUGGGAAAGGUGGAUCCAUUGGGAUGUAACGUACUGAACCACGGCGACUUCUGGAGCAACAAUAUGAUGUUUUCAUAUGAUGCUUUUGGUAAAAUUAGAGACACGUGUUUAGUUGAUUUUCAAAUGUCGCAAUAUGGACCUGUUGCAAAGGAUCUGUACUAUUUUCUACUUUCAUCGACAAAGCUUGAAGACAAGUUGACUAAAUUCGACUACUAUAUCAAGUUCUAUCACGAAAAUCUUGUGAAAAAUUUAAAGUUGCUCAAGUACAGCAAAUCCAUUCCAACUUUGAGGGAAAUUCACAUGUCACUCUUCAGAUACGGCUUCCAAGGGUACUUGACUGCAGUUGGCGUCAUGUCCAUUGUGCUACUAGAGCCCACAGAGGACGCUAAUCUUGAGAACUUUCUCAACGAUGACAAGGGCACUGAUGAGUUUAAGUCCUCAAUUACAACAAAUGAUCGCUAUCGUAAGCACAUUGAGAUAGUUUUACCCUGGCUGUUGAAUCGUGGCGCAUUGGAGAUUAAUUAAUCGCACAAAGUAUAUUUGGAAUCAUGUGAUGGUACUUCCCCUCAAAACAAAAGCUUUCCUCAUAUGUACACAUGAAGAGAAAUAAAGUAUUUAUAAACAAACAAU